CAACACAAUUUGACAAAAAAAACUCAUCGUUUAACAUUUCACUUUCCCUUUCCUCUUUCUCCCACCAUUUUCAGAGCUCACAGAAAAAAAAAAGCUUCGUGCUCCUUCACCUUCCCAAAUCGGAAAAAAAUGCACGCAAAAACCGAUUCCGAGGUAACAAGCCUCGCAGCAUCAUCACCAGCCAGAUCUCCACGUAGACCAGUCUACUACGUCCAAUCACCAUCACGCGACUCUCACGACGGAGAAAAAACAGCAACAUCGUUUCACUCAACUCCGGUACUAAGUCCGAUGGGAUCUCCACCGCAUUCUCACUCAUCUAUGGGUCGUCACUCACGUGAAUCAUCCUCUAGUCGAUUCUCUGGCUCUUUAAAGCCUGGAUCUAGAAAAGUCAACCCUAACGAUGGUUCUAAACGGAAAGGUCACGGCGGAGAGAAACAGUGGAAAGAAUGUGCGGUGAUUGAAGAAGAAGGUUUGUUAGAUGAUGGUGAUAGAGACGGUGGUGUUCCUCGUCGUUGCUAUGUUUUGGCUUUUAUCGUUGGAUUCUUUAUUCUCUUUGGUUUCUUCUCUUUGAUUCUCUAUGGUGCUGCUAAACCUCAGAAACCUAAGAUCACUGUUAAGAGUAUAACGUUUGAGACACUUAAGGUCCAAGCUGGUCAAGAUGCUGGUGGUGUAGGAACUGAUAUGAUCACGAUGAAUGCGACUUUGAGAAUGUUGUAUCGAAACACUGGGACUUUCUUUGGUGUUCAUGUUACUUCAACUCCUAUUGAUCUCAGUUUCUCUCAGAUCAAAAUCGGUUCCGGAUCCGUCACGAAAUUUUAUCAGUCAAGGAAGAGUGAGAGAACAGUGGUGGUACAUGUGAUCGGAGAGAAGAUUCCAUUAUAUGGAAGUGGUUCGACUUUACUCCCACCGGCGCCUCCAGCUCCACUUCCCAAACCAAAGAAGAAGAAAGGAGCUCCCGUUGUUAUUCCCGACCCGCCCGCACCACCAGCACCGGUACCUAUGACGCUCAGCUUCGUCGUCAGAUCACGAGCUUACGUGUUGGGGAAGUUAGUGCAGCCAAAGUUCUACAAGAAAAUCGAGUGUGACAUCAACUUCGAACACAAGAAUCUUAAUAAGCAUAUAGCCAUCACCAAGAAUUGCACCGUCACUACAGUUUGAAGGAAGGAACCUACAAAAAAAAAACACUUUUAGUCGGCGCAAUACGAUGUCGUAUAGAGUAACGUGAUUUUACAGCUCAACGGGCAGCAUUUUGUGUUGUUGGGGCAGCCACGUGGAGGUGCCCGAAGGAAAGAAGCAUCGUCGGUGGCUUUCAUUUACUUGAGUGGUUUAUAUUUGUCUGUGGAAAAUAUAUAAUUUUAUAAUUAUGUGUACGAUUGCACUGAAUACACGAGGAAUCACAUUUUAUUUAUUUGUUUUUUAUUCUUUUUUCAUUUAUUUAUAAUU